AUGAAAGCUGAACGUGAGUAAUAGACGGAUACACCUGAAUCACAAUGAAGGAUACAUGUGUUAAUUUAUUGCAAAUAUGUGUUCAUUUAUUACAUCACUUUGAUCGAAUAGAGCAAAGAUGCCCCUUUCCCUUAAAUAACUAUCUCAUGCGUACACACAGAUGAAGAUUAUAUAAAAAAGAACAUAUAACAAAUAAAAAGACCCAGUAUCUGCGUUUGUGCGUUUUAAAGCUGUAAGACAGUGUAGCAUGAAUAACGUUUUGACAAAAUAUAAAAUCAUGUUGAUAUAGAAAAUAUGAAGCGAUAACACAGUCAUUAUUGACAUCUGUGUUCCCAAACCAGGAUACCAUAACGUAAAGACUCCAGAAGAAUAAUAGUCAGUAUCAACCACCAAACAGACCUAUACCAGACAGACAUCAUGCAUAUAUAUAUAUAUAUACUUUUUUUUGCUGAGUUAUAUAUAUAUAUAUAUACACACAGUGGGGAGAACAAGUAUUUGAUACACUGCCGAUUUUGCAGGUUUUCCUACUUACAAAGCAUGUAGAGGUCUGUCAUUUUUAUCAUAGGUACACUUCAACUGUGAGAGACGGAAUCUAAAACAAAAAUCCAGAAAAUCACAUUGUAUGAUUUUUAAGUAAUUCAUUUGCAUUUUAUUGCAUGACAUAAGUAUUUGAUCACCUACCAACCAGUAAGUGGUCCUCUGUAGCUCAGCUGGUAGAGCACGGCGCUUAUAACGCCAAGGUAGUGGGUUCGAUCCCCGGGACCACCCAUACACAAAAAAAAAAUGUAUGCACGCAUGACUGUAAGUCGCUUUGGAUAAAAGCGUCUGCUAAAUGGCAUAUUAUUAUUAUUAUAAGAAUUCCAGCUCUCACAGACCUGUUAGUUUUUCUUUAAGAAGCCCUCCUGUUCUCCACUCAUUACCUGUAUUAACUGCACCUGUUUGAACUCGUUACCUGUAUAAAAGACACCUGUCCACACACUCAAUCAAACAGACUCCAACCUCUCCACAAUGGCCAAGACCAGAGAGCUGUGUAAGGACAUCAGGGAUAAAAUUGUAGACCUGCACAAGGCUGGGAUGGGCUACAGGACAAUAGGCAAUCAGCUUGGUGAGAAGGCAACAACUGUUGGCGCAAUUAUUAGAAAAUGGAAGAAGUUCAAGAUGACGGUCAAUCACCCUCGGUCUGGGGCUCCAUGCAAGAUCUCACCUCGUGGGGCAUCAAUGAUCAUGAGGAAGGUGAGGGAUCAGCCCAGAACUACACAGCAGGACCUGGUCAAUGACCUGAAGAGAGCUGGGACCACAGUCUCAAAGAAAACCAUUAGUAACACACUACGCCGUCGUGGAUUAAAAUCCUGCAGCGCACGCAAGGUCCCCCUGCACAAGCCAGCGCAUGUCCAGGCCCGUCUGAAGUUUGCCAAUGACCAUCUGGAUGAUCCAGAGGAGGAAUGGGAGAAGGUCAUGUGGUCUGAUGAGACAAAAAUUGAGCUUUAUGGUCUAAACUCCACUCGCCGUGUUUGGAGGAAGAAGAAGGAUGAGUACAACCCCAAGAACACCAUCCCAACCGUGAAGCAUGGAGGUGGAAACAUCAUUCUUUGGGGAUGCUUUUCUGCAAAGGGGACAGGACGACUGCACCGUAUUGAGGGGAGGAUGGAUGGGGCCAUGUAUCGUGAGAUCUUGGCCAACAACCUCCUUCCCUCAGUAAGAGCAUUGAAGAUGGGUCGUGGCUGGGUCUUCCAGCAUGACAACGACCCGAAACACACACAGCCAGGGCAACUAAGGAGUGGCUCCGUAAGAAGCAUCUCAAGGUCCUGGAGUGGCCUAGCCAGUCUCCAGACCUGAACCCAAUAGAACAUCUUUGGAGGGAGCUGAAAGUCCAUAUUGCCCAGCGACAGCCCCGAAACCUGAAGGAUCUGGAGAAGGUCUGUAUGGAGGAGUGGGCCAAAAUCCCUGCUGCAGUGUGUGCAAACCUGGUCAAGACCUACAGGAAACGUAUGAUCUCUGUAAUUGCAAACAAAGGUUUCUGGAUUAAGAGUAGACUUGGAGUAUGGCCAUCCCUCAACAGAGCCAGAGGAGCCCCUGCCUCAGCCUCCCAGGCUCUCCCUCCAGCAGCCAGGCUGAGGCAGGGAAGAGAUGUCUGCAGCAGUGCCUCCGGAGGUCAUCAGAGGUCCCAGACAGAGGUUGGAACCUCCUCAGCCAACGGCAGCACUAAGCCCAGAGUCACUGGUUCCAGACCCCACCAGCCCUCUACUGCUGUCUCCUCCAGACUGCCCUACAAGUCCCAGGGUGUCCCCAGGAGCAUCCCUUCCAAGGCCAGUGUCCACAAUGAGCACAGUGGCAGCACAGGUAACGUACAAGUUUCUGCAGGAGCAGCCCAGGGGUGUGUGGGAAGACCAGCCUCAUCCAAGACCACAGUGUUAAAAGCAGGAUGCAAAACUACAGCGUCGACCAAUCAGGUGCCCUCAAGGUCCAGAGCCAGCACUCUGAAAAGAACUGCUUCAUCAAGACUUCUUCGUCCUGCCGCUGUAUUACCUGUGGACAAGAACAGACCGAGGGCGACACCACGGAGCCACCCACAGCCUCAACAGCGGUCACCAGUACCAUCGCCGCCCCAGAGCAAUAGGCAUCCAGACCUGGUGCUGGCGGAGGGCAGGGCAGCGGGCACGGAGAGCUACCGGGCACCAUGCGAGAGGAAGAACCAGAGCCCCCAGCAGCUCCAGGGACUCCUGGCUGCCAGUAACAGGAAAUUUGAGGCCAUUGUGGUGGUGCUGCAGCAGACCCUGGCAGAGCGUGAUGAGGUCAUUAAGCAGCGCAGGGACCUGUCCCAGGAACUGAUGACCUUGCAGAAGGACUCCCUGUAUCUGGAGCAGGAGGUGGAGAGCCUCAAUGUGGUGCUGGAUAUCAAGAACAAACAGCUGCACCAACAGGACCACAAACUGAUGCAGAUGGACACACUGACAACUGUCCACAGAGCAGGCGGUGCUGCAGGAGUAUCUCCACAAGGAAUCCAAGGUGAACAAGCGUCUGUCUAUGGAGAAUGAGGAGCUCAUCUGGAAGCUGCACAACGGGGACCCGAGCAGCCCCCACAAGAUGUCCCCCACCUCCCCCUCCCACCAUUCCCUCGGCCUCCAAUCACCUCGCAGCUCUGCUGUCUUCACCAGCCCCAUCCAAUCACCUCGCAGCUCUGCAGUCUUCUCCAGCCCUCCCGUCUCACCCAGAUAACAGCAGCCUACCGCUUCCAGGAAGCAGACACUCUUUCUCUCCUCUGAUUGGACUGGGUCCAGGAAGCAGCCUCUCUCGCUCUUUUCUGAUUGGACCGAGUCAUCCCUCCGUACUUAAGAGCUAUAUUAGCUGACCGGGAUUGCCGCAUGUCAUCCAGAGAUGGCUACAAUAUUCCUGAAUGGCUCUACUUUCUGUUGACACUUACUGCAGAUCAAUGACUGUAUGAGAAAGGACUGUUGCACAGAAGCACUUACUGAGUGAGACAGCCUCUUGUUCUCUCUGCCUUGUCUGAUAUCAUAGGACAUCUGUCAUAGGGUUAGGGUUAUUAUAGGACAUCUAUCAUAGGGUUAGGGUUAUUUUAGGACAUCUGUCAUAGGGUUAGGGUUAUUUUAGGACAUCUAUCAUAGGGUUAGGGUUAUUUUAGGACAUCUGUCAUAGGGUUAGGGUUAUUAUAGGACAUCUAUCAUAGGGUUAUUAUAGGACAUCUCAGGACUAUAUAAUGAGACACUAUAUUUGUUAAUCUUUCUCAGUGGUCGGCAAAAGCUUGUUGCUGGUUUUCCCUCUGAAGACACACACACACACACACCAGUGUUAUGGGAAGGAGUACCGUGGCGUUGGUGACCAAAUGCAGACCUGUGUGUUGACUGACUGAGAAUAUGCACUGCUCCUGUCUGUCAUUAUAUUGCUAUGAGAAUCAGCAUGGCUAGGAGUCCAAAAGUAACAUUGAAUCUUCUCCCAUGAUUUGGGAAUCAAACAUGAAUCCUGUCAUCUGUAUAUUAAUUGAGGAAAAUUAGAUAAAUAUAAACCCUUCUACACACAUACUACUCAAUACCAUUGUAUUCACUGCUCAUAGAUCAUUUAUUUCGCUUUUAUUGAUGCAUGCACCACAUGCUACAUGCAAUUAUCUUCAUAAAUUGGAUAUUAGUAAUCAUUUCCUGUGUUUUUAAAAGGUUAAUGGCAUUUCCAUGGUAAUUAAUGGGCGGUCUGCGCUUCAGAACUGUACUUUCUUUCUGUUAUUACCCAUCUACAGGUUAUAUAGACCUCUAACUGUUCAGUUCGAUGGCCUGAGGACUCAAAGCUGUGUUUUUAAUGUUGGUUGGUUUGUUUGUUUGACCAUGGGACCAAUUCAAAUGAAUGUUUGUGCAUGUUUGAUGACCUGUUGUCUAGCACCCCUCCCUCACCCAAUCCUCUUAAUACAGCUUUAAAAUGGGGGGUCUUUACAAAGAUGUCACUAAGGUUAAAAUGCGAAGAGAAUCAGUGUCCACAAUGAGCACAGUGGCAGCACAGGUAACGUACAAGUUUCUGCAGGAGCAGCCCAGGGGUGUGUGGGAAGACCAGCCUCAUCCAAGACCACAGUGUUAAAAGCAGGAUGCAAAACUACAGCGUCGACCAAUCAGGUGCCCUCAAGGUCCAGAGCCAGCACUCUGAAAAGAACUGCUUCAUCAAGACUUCUUCGUCCUGCCGCUGUAUUACCUGUGGACAAGAACAGACCGAGGGCGACACCACGGAGCCACCCACAGCCUCAACAGCGGUCACCAGUACCAUCGCCGCCCCAGAGCAAUAGGCAUCCAGACCUGGUGCUGGCGGAGGGCAGGGCAGCGGGCACGGAGAGCUACCGGGCACCAUGCGAGAGGAAGAACCAGAGCCCCCAGCAGCUCCAGGGACUCCUGGCUGCCAGUAACAGGAAAUUUGAGGCCAUUGUGGUGGUGCUGCAGCAGACCCUGGCAGAGCGUGAUGAGGUCAUUAAGCAGCGCAGGGACCUGUCCCAGGAACUGAUGACCUUGCAGAAGGACUCCCUGUAUCUGGAGCAGGAGGUGGAGAGCCUCAAUGUGGUGCUGGAUAUCAAGAACAAACAGCUGCACCAACAGGACCACAAACUGAUGCAGAUGGACACACUGACAACUGUCCACAGAGCAGGCGGUGCUGCAGGAGUAUCUCCACAAGGAAUCCAAGGUGAACAAGCGUCUGUCUAUGGAGAAUGAGGAGCUCAUCUGGAAGCUGCACAACGGGGACCCGAGCAGCCCCCACAAGAUGUCCCCCACCUCCCCCUCCCACCAUUCCCUCGGCCUCCAAUCACCUCGCAGCUCUGCUGUCUUCACCAGCCCCAUCCAAUCACCUCGCAGCUCUGCAGUCUUCUCCAGCCCUCCCGUCUCACCCAGAUAA